AUGGAGCAAGAGGAGGAUGACGAACCCGCCUCUCUAUUUUUCGCUUCUACACAGAUCCAAUCUCGUCAUGAAGACCUUGAAAAAACAGAGCAAACUUUAGGAAAACUUCAAAAAUUCAAAAAUGAUAGUCCCCCACAUAAGAAGAUCAAUGUGACUAUGCACAAGCCGCCUAGGAAACCAAGGGCAAAGAAGGCAGAUAUAAAAAAGAAGAAGGCUUCGACAAGCUCACUUUCUUUGAAUGCUUUUGUGAAAGAGACGUUCCGGAACAAACAGAAGCCUGAUCCACUGAGUAUCCUAGACUACUUUGCUGGUGAUUCCCAGAAAGUUGACCAGUUCCUCAGCAAAAUCGAGGAUGUUGCAAGGAAAGACGGAGAUUCAAAGCAAGAAAUCAGACCCUCAAUUCACUCUAAAGAGGAGUGGGAAGGCGUGUUGAAGAGCAUACGGCUUCGAUUCCCAAAUCUCUCUACAAGGAACCAGAGAACACUUAGCAAGAUAUCACAGCAGUUGAAAAGCCUACAGCGUUCGGAUUCUGAGUCUGUCACCGAGCUGCCGUCUGUUUGGUCCCAAGCAUCUAGGCAACCAAGCGAUAGUCUUACAACGGAGGACAUGAAGUGGUUGUACGACUUAGAUAAUGCAGAGAAGAUCAAGGACCUAGAUGCAAAUGACUUACAGCUUCACGAGGAAGAAGAGGAAGAGAAGCCUUUUUACCUCACCCUUUCGCAAGCUAUGGAUCAAAGCAAGGUGAGGGAUAGCGAGGACGAGGGCGACGAGAGCAUUCAGAUAAUAGAUGCAAAAUCCCCAAUUCUAAUAUCGGACUCUGAGUCCGAGCCUGAGCCAUACAUCCCACCGAACAAUAUAGCAGAAGCCGACGAUAUACCAUCUCAUCAGGUGGCUGGUCCACCUGAGUCAGUUGAUCUUCUUACCAGCAUCGCAUUCAACUCAAAGUGCCAAAGGGAGGACAUGCCCGUUGGGACUCAAACUCAGCCACUUGUGGUAGAAGAGGCGGUUCUGCCAAAGAAAAACGACGAAAGCAUAAUCUUCUCUUCUCCAGUCAAACCUGUGCUUACCAAGAAGCCAAAAACACCAACCAAGUGGCCAAGUAAUCUUGUGAUAACAUCUUCACCUGUUUCAUCAGGUAAGGAAGAUCUGGCGAAGAAAGGUGAAGAGGAAGAGGUUUUUGCAACGGCAAGAAGUGUUCCUGACGAGACGCAAGGCUCGCAAUCACCCACGCUACAAUCUUCAAUGCCGCUGCCAAAACGAAAGAUCUCCAGAAAGCGAAGCUUCAAGACAUCCACACUAGAAUAUUGGGGGCAUGUGGAGAUCCCAGAAAAUCUGUCCAAUACUAUUAAAAUGAGAAAAAUACCCACAACUUCCGAGGGCGAUCAGAUCCCAGAUUCAGAGGAAAGCGAUUGCGAGGUUAGCUUGAUUGAAAUAAGUAAGCCUUCCGACCCUAUAGAACCUCCAAAGCCCCUCAAGAACCCAUCGAUCCUACAAGUUCCUUCAAGUCCACGACUCAGUACACAAUCGGACAGCUUCCUGAAGUUGUCACUGCUACCCAUGAAGGAUGUGAGAGAAAUCUACUUACAUUUGGGACUCGCACCUGCAAAGCUCAAAGCGACAAUGGUGGCGGCGAUAGAGUAUGCAACUGAACUCACGGGAAUUUCUAUUGAUGAUUUGUUAAAUAAUGAUACGGAGCUCAAGGCACGACUGCUCGGGAAGCAGUUCAUGAGCAUGCUAUAUGAUAAAAUGACCAAUCUGAUCAAAAUGUCUGACGAUUUGCACUUGAAGAUCGCCUUGUUCGAGCCAAUAAAUAUAGAGGCCGUUGCACAACGUUUGAAGGAUGAAGAUGUGUUCCCGAUCGAGAUAGACAUUCCAUUCCUUCAGAAAUACUGUGAUGAGAAGGGAGUCAGCACGACAAACAGGCCCAUUUAA